CUCGCAAUAAGGGUGCUCUGCCAGAUGGACAAGAAGUAGCAGUCAAGAGGCUUUCUGAGAGCACAACACAAGGACUAGGGCAGAUGAAGAAUGAGCUAGCUUUGAUAGCUAAGCUGCAGCACAAAAAUCUUGUUAGGAUCGUCGGCGUUUGCUUGGAAGAAGGUGAAAACUUGCUUGUCUACGAGUACAUGCCCAACAAAAGUCUGGACAAUCCUGAUAAAAGUAAAAAUCUUGACUGGGGAGCGCGAUUCAGAAUACUCAACGGAAUUGCUCGAGGCCUGCAGUUGCAUGAACAUUCCCAGACGACGAUAGUCCACCGGGAUCUGAAAGCGAGCAAUGUUUUACUUGAUGCCGACAUGAAACCCAAGAUUUCAGACUUUGGUCUGGCAAAGAUUUUUGAUGAUGACCAAACAAGGCACGCCACAAGCCGCAUCAUUGGAACACUCGGUUACAUGUCUCCUGAAUAUGCCAUGCGUGGGCACUACUCUACGAAGUUAGACGUGUUCAGCUUCGGCGUUCUUGUCCUGGAGAUAGUGACUGGGCGAAGAAACAACUACGCACUGAACACACUGCAUUCUCAAGACAUCUUCUGUCUCGUGUGGAAACACUGGGUCGAGGGAACAAUAGCAGAAAUAACAGACACUAGCCUAGGCAGGCACUACCCCAUGGCCGAAGUUCUGAAAUGCAUCAACAUUGGGCUGCUCUGUGUUCAGCAGAACCCGACGGACCGGCCAUCUAUGUCGGUGAUCGUCGCCAUGCUCGGCAGCGACACGGUAUCCCUGGAAGCUCCCUACCGGCCAGCCUAUGUCGACAGGAGCAGGAGCUACUCAGAGACUGCUGAGCGUGUGAAGGAAGAGCUAUGCUCGGAGCCUCAGACGUCGAUCACGGAGCUCACACCUAGUGGUGGGAGACUCUGUGCAGGGAGGAGCUGGUAUGAGAAGCUAUCAGCAGCAAAAGGUUGGAUCAGGUCGCAGAAUGCGACGUGGUGGUCGACGGAUGCGGUGAAGGUCAAGCGAAAGGUUUGUGCUAAUGGAUCAAAGACGGUGAAGGACGAAUACGAGUGGGCUUGA